AUGUACUUCCCACUUCUCAUUUCUCUGGCGUCUUUGGCCACGGUCUCAGCCUGUGGCCUCGCCAUUCCACCGGCCAUCCAUCUCAUCGCUCGUGGCGAGACCCAAACACUUGCGAAGCGCGCCGCAAGCGAUUAUUCGCCACACCCGGUCAAUCAGAACAGUAAGGACCACUGGACCGUGGCCGAGAACACACGCCAGAUGCAAGUUUCAGACGAUGCCUUCAUCGGAAGAGACUUUGCCCGGUUCAACCACCAUCCCAACUCGACCAUGUACUACACCGGCGGCGUCGUAAUGAACCUCACCGAGCACAUCGAAGACCUUCGCCUCACCUUCUCCACUUACUCGGACGCGGCUCCUCACAACCACAACUACCAAGUCAUGUUUGGCGAAGGUGACUGGACUGUGGUGCUUGCCCAUGCGGGCGGUGUCAAUGAUGGCCCUCUACCUGAUCUCUCCGGAAAUUGGCUACCACCCACCAUGCGGACGGUCCAUUUUGAUCUAAUGACAAUUGCCCGCUGGGACGGCGGGUGGAUGAUGGAGGAGUAUCUGUGGUCCGAUAGUCCUCUCAUGUACCGCCAGCUCGGCGUUCUGCCCGUGCCGCCCGCCGAUGCCCUCCCCGAUAUCGAGCUCAACUCUUACACUGCUCCUCUUUCCGCUAAGCCAGGCGUAAACAACGCCAAAACCAACAAGGCUAAAAUGACCGAGUCCGACGACGCCCUCAACGCGGGCACCUUCACUGCAGACGCUCUGCACCUCUCAAAAGACUUGAAGGUUUACGGGCUCACCGAUCAGCCUCUCGAUGUCAAGGGCUAUCUCACAGCGCUAAAAAGUCUCAAGAAGACUUUCCCGGACCUGCAUCUGGAGAACAAGCCCUACAGGCAGAUCAUCGCGCAAGGGGACUGGACUGCCACGGUUGCUAUGCUGAGCGGCACCUUCAAGGGGCCUCUUGAGCUGCCCUCGUAUUUGGGUUCCUCGCCUGCCAAACCCAAUGGCAAAGAGUUCGACUUGCUCCACUACACUAUUUGCCGGUGGGAGGAUGGGAAGAUCGUGGAAAUGCGCAUCAAUGCUGAUAUCUUUGGUAUUGUUGGCUCGCUCGGGAUUCCGCUCGAAUAAGCCAUAUACCGGCUGAAGUUGAGUAAGAACUGAAUGCGGAUGAUCAAAAGACUCGUAGCAAGUUUGAAGUCUUCUCCUUACAUUACGAAUGGAAGUUGCAAGAUCUGCCGUACCGCGGUUGUUCUCCGCUGACCGUGU